UGAUUCUCAGGCUUAUACAUGUUUCAGUAGUUUUCAUGGUGUAAUAUCAUGCUGUUUAUACCAUUUAAUCAAUACAACUCGUUCUGCUAAAUUGACUUUUGACUUGCAAUUUAAUGUGUCUUGCUCAAAGGACAUAAUUCAAUUAGGGUAUGUGUUACUGAGAAUAAUUAAAACAAACAGUGAGUGAUAGCAUGGAAUUAUUAUUGAUUUGAUCCGUCAGUAUUAAGAUACCAAGAUGUCAUACAUGUCCCAGCCUAACACCAACAGUGAGGCGGUGAAGCGAUGUCUCAACAUUCCUAUACAGCCAAUGUCCAGUCAGAUAGCAAGGCCAGUCCCGCCACAGAAACCUUUACAACCAAAACCACCCUAUGCGCUGGAAAGCCAUCACAAUGCUGCAAAACCAGCUAGACCUUACUCAGCUCCACAGAGAAGAAUUACUGCACCUGGCUAUUCUGAAGCAUGGAGAUCAUCUAACCAUGUAGAAAACCGUAUGCCAGCACGCUCGCGCAGUUACUAUGUCAAUAACGAGUAUCCAAAGUCUCAUCCCUAUGCCUCUCGUCAAAGAGAAGGUUUUGUACGAAAGACAUUGGGAUACCCAGAAGUUCAGAGGGGUCAAAGUUAUCCCAUUCCUCCAUAUGACCCUCUUGGUGAUCCACAUCUUACGGAAUAUUUCGAGCGCAGAUUUGGUGCUAUACAGUCAGUUGCUAGGAGAAGAGGUGGAAGUCGUCCAUCAAGUGCCCCCAGCUCAAGAUACACCACAACAGGGUCAGGGAAGAAGAUAAGGGCAGAUGGUGGAGAAGGUCCCAUACUUUAUAAGGUGUUUGUCACCACAGCUGACAAAAAGGGUGCCAGUACAGAUGCUAAGGUUUUCUUAUCACUAAAAGGAACAAAAGCAAAGAUAACUCGGACUCGGCUCACUAAAAAGGCAGGGUCUGUGAAGUCAAAUAAGAGAGUGUCAUUUAAGUUCUCAAAGGGUACCACUCAUAUGUUUAAGAUACGAGGACCAGAGUUAGGCGAUAUUAAAUCUCUAGUCAUGGAGCAUGAUGGUAUAAAGAAGGAAGAUGGCUGGUUUCUACAGGAAGUUGAAAUUGUCAACACGAAGAGAAAAAAGUCCUGGCUCUUCAUGUGUAACAACUGGUUGUCACUGUAUCAUGGUGAUGGACAUUCCAAACGAGAGUUCUUUCCACAUCUUGGCUCAAAGACAGAUUAUGAAAUUGUUGUUGUUACUGGUGACAUACUCAAUGCAGGCACAGACUCUAAUGUGUUUAUUACCAUAUAUGGAAAAACUGGAGCAACAACUAAAACACAUUUAAAAAGUGUGAAAAGUAAACUACCAUUUCAGCAGGGAACUAGUAAUUUGUUCAAAAUUCAUUCAAACUGUGUUGGACCUCUUACAAAAAUCAAAAUAGAGCAUGAUAAUGUUGGAUUUGCACCAGGAUGGUUCUUGGAGAGGGUGGUUGUUACAGACUUGUUACAUCCAAAAUGGAAGUACUACUUCCCAUGUAAUCAGUGGUUAGCUAAAGAUGAAGGGGAUGGUGCCAUAUGUAGGACGUUGCUAGGCAGUCGUGAUCCUUUCGCUGUCAGAAAAGAUACCAAAUACAAGGUGACAGUGUAUACAGGUAACAAAAAAGGGGCAGGAACUGAUGCCAAUGUCUACAUUAUCCUGUUUGGUGAAAAUGGUGACUCAAGUGAGAAAUAUCUGGAUGAUUCUAGGAACAACUUUGAAAGAGGACAGACAGAUGAAUUUGUAAUUGAAUGUCCUUGCCUCGGUCGACUUGACAGGCUCAGAAUAGGUCAUGAUAACUCUGGAUUCGGACCAGGCUGGUACCUUGAUAAGGUGAUAGUGGAUGACCUUGACAAUUCUAUCACAUAUGAGUUUCCAUGUAGUCGCUGGCUGGCUUUAGACGAGGAUGAUGGACUUAUUUUCCGAGAUCUUGUAGCGGGUGUUGGUGCUUCAGAUGCUUAUACUGGAAAAGGACUGGUCAAGAGAGGUUUUCCUUAUGUGAUCAGUGUUGUCACGGGAGACAGACAGAAUGCUGGCACUGACGCCAACGUCUUUGUUGUCCUUCACAAUGGGAAAAAGAAGUUGGACAGUGGAAAAGUGUGGUUAUCAGAUGGCAAAUUCAAACGCGGGAUGACCCAGAUUUUCCAUAUCAACCUACAAGUGAUGCUGAGCCCUCUAACUAGUUUAGAAAUUGGGCACGAUGACAGCGGGGCGGCUCCUGGCUGGCACUGUGACCAGGUCAUUGUGUACUGCCCAAAUACAGGAAUUGAACAAUAUUUUCCUUGUCAUAAAUGGUUUUCAACGUCAGAGGGUGAUGGUCUCAUACAAAGGACAUUGUAUGAAAAUACAGGCCUGAGGAAAAAGAAAGAUAAAAAAAAUACAUGGAAUGUUUUGGUGAGGACAAGUGACGUAAAGAAUGCAGGAACAGAUGCAAAUGUUGGCAUUUGUCUGUAUGGCAAAAAAGGCAAGUCUGAUGAAAUCAUCCUUGACAACAAGGGAGAUAACUUUGAGAAAGGUCAAAUGGAUCAUUUUAAGGUCAAUAUAGAAGAAGUUGGGACUCCUUACAAACUGAGAGUGUACCAUGACAACACUGGAAGGGCAGCUGGCUGGCAUCUUGAGAAGAUUGAAUUGGAGAUGUUGGGAUCAGGUGACAGAUACUCUUUUGUUUGUAACCGUUGGUUGGCAGAAGAUGAGGAAGAUAGAAGCACCGUGCGUGAGAUUCCUGCUAAAGGCCCUGGCAUUAAAAACCCUCUCCCAUUGGACAAAUACCUGGUUCAAGUCUAUACAGGCUCUCGCAGUAUGGCUGGAACAGACGCCAAUGUUUACAUCAAUAUUUUCGGAGAGAGGGGUGACACUGGUGUAAGGGCUCUCAGGAAGUCACAAAAUGUAAACAAGUUUGAAAAGGGAAAGAUGGAUGAAUUUGAGAUAGAAGCUGUUUCAGUCCUGAAACUGACCAAGAUCAGAAUAGGGCAUGAUGGGAAAGGUAUUGGAGCUGGCUGGUUCCUUGAUAAGGUGGUUGUGAAACAGGUCGGCGAGAAGAAAUAUGAUCAGGAAUUUGUUUGUCAGAGAUGGCUUGCUGAAGAUCAAGAUGAUGGGUUGAUAGAAAGGGAGAUUACUGCAUCAGGAGCUCAAAUGCUUUCAACCACAUCCUACCAUAUCCAUGUUAAAACUGGAGAUGUUUCUGGAGCUGGUACUGAUGCCAAUGUCUACCUCAUCAUCUACGGAGCCAAGGGUGACACCGGUCAGCUCAUGCUGAGGCAAUCAGCAAGCUUCAAGAACAAGUUUGAGCGUGGCAAGACAGAUGUGUUCAAAAUUGAGGCAACUGAUAUUGGACAGAUAAAACGUAUCAAAGUUGGUCAUGAUGGAACUAAUAUUGGAGCUGGCUGGUUCCUUGAUGAUGUCAAGAUACUGGUUCCAUCUCGCGGGGAACAGUAUGUUUUCGCUUGUCAUAGAUGGCUGGCCAAGGAUGAGGCAGAUGGACAGCUAGAAAUUGAGAUGGACGCUUCAUACAAAGAAGAUAUGGAAAAAACUAUUCCGUAUGAAGUUACAAUAUGGACAGGGGACAAGUCAGGUGCUGGAACGGAUGCUAACGUUUUCCUACAGAUCUAUGGAACUGACGGAAAAACUGAAACAUACAAUCUCCGUAAUAAAACAGAUAACUUUGAAAAAGGAAUGUGUGAUAAAUUUAAGAUUGAAGCAGCAGAUAUUGGCAGAAUUCAGAAAGUGCGGAUAGGUCAUGACGGUACUGGUACAUUUUCUGGCUGGUACUUGGAUAAGAUGCUCAUUCAAAGAAAACCUCGUAAAGGCACGAAGAAAUUCCGCAGGCGCUCUAUCUCCUCAGCUCGUGAUAGAGACAGAGAUCGAGACAGUUACAGAGAUAGAGAUGGUUAUAGAGAUAGAGACAGAGAUCGAGACAGUUACAGAGAUAGAGAUAGAGACAGGCGGUCACCUAUCAUGUCACGCAUGGGAGACUUCUCAGAUUCAGAUGAUUCUGACAUUAGCAGUGUUUCUCAGUCAAGACGACGCAGAACAAAAUCCCCAAAACUGACAAAAAAGAAUCUAAAAACUGUUGCUGAGGAAUCGGAUGAGUAUGAUGGUACGGAGACUGAGGAUUACUGGUUCCUAGUGGACAAAUGGUUUGCUCGCAGUGAAGGUGACAAACAGAUUGUCAGAGAACUCAUUCCUACAGAUGAGAAGGGACGUCCAAUAAAGGGUGGCCUUGAAGAAGUAACAUACACUGUGCGAGUGUUUACUGGAGAUGAGUUUGGUGCGGGAACAGAUGCUAAUGUGUUUGUGAAUGUCUACGGUGAUAAGGGUGAUACAGGAGAAAGACAGCUCAAGGACUCCUCCACACAUACCAACAAAUUUGAACGUAAACAGGACUCUAAUUCCAACCUUUUUGAGAGAAAUCAGGAGGAUGUGUUUACUGUGAAAGCAAUAGAACUUGGUAAACUGGUCAAAUUGAAGAUCCGCCAUGACAAUUCGGGGAUAGGUGGCGCUGCAUGGUUCCUUGAUAGAGUUGAAGUGGAUGAUCCUAAAAAUAAAAAGACCUAUUUCUUCCCAUGUCAGCGAUGGUUAUCUACGAAGGCUGAUGAUGGUCAGAUAAGUCGAGAACUUGUUCCAGUUGAUGCCAGUCUGAAGAACAAACUUUCCAGGCAGGACUCAAAGGCUAUACGUAAUGAGAUUGCCUUAGAAACUAAAGCUGCGAUGCAGACGUACUAUGUGAAGGUGACUACUGGUACAGUGUGGGGAGCAGGAACAGAUGCCAAUGUCUAUAUUGUUCUGUUUGGGGACAAUGAUGAUACAGGUGUGGUAUUACUGAAGUCAUCCCGUACCCACACUAACAAGUUUGAGAAUGGAAACACGGAUGAAUUCCUUGUAGAAGCUGUAAAUAUUGGAGAACUCAAGAAAAUCAAAAUUGGUCAUGACAACAAAGGAGGAGGAGGUGCAUGGUUUCUGGACAAGGUUGCCAUAGAGUGUCCAUCACUGGGUAGAAACUGGACAUUCCCUGCUAACAGAUGGCUUGCCAAAAACAAGGGAGAUAACCAACUGGAGGUGGAAUUGUUCCCACAGGACCUAGCUACAGAAGAAUACCUCAAAUGUAUACCUUAUGAAAUUGUCACGUACACCUCAGACGUGAGUUCAGCCGGAACUUCAGCAAAUGUAUAUAUACAGUUGUAUGGUAAAGAGAUUUGCACCCAACAGAAAGAUCUGUGUGUCAGCAAACUGGACAGGAAAGACAAAUUCAAAAGAAAAUCUGUUGAUACUCACGUACUAGAGUUGGAAGAUGUGGGAGAUACAAUAGAAAAGAUUCGUAUUGGCCACGACAAUUCUGGUAUGACUCCUGGAUGGCAUUUAGACAAGGUUACCAUAAGAAGACUACAUGAGUCUGGAAAGGAUGAUAUGGAUGAUUAUUAUGAUGAUGAACCCACGGGAUCUAUCACCUACAUUUUCCCAUGCAAGAGAUGGUUGGCACGUGAUGAGGAGGACAAUGCUAUAGAACGGGAACUAGUCGCUGAAAAAGCUAUACAGGAAGUGAUUAAGAAUGGUGAAGUUCAGAGUAAAGAAGUGAGGAUACGAGAUAAACUGGAGAAGAAGAUAUACACAGUGAAUGUGAAGACAGGAGACAAGUCAGGUUGUGGCACAAACGCUAAUGUAUUUCUCACUGUUGUUGGAGAUAGAGGUGAUACUGGAGAGAGAAAGCUGGCCAAGUCAGAAACUAACUUUGACAAGUUUGAGAAAAACCAGAUUGAUGUAUUCAAGUUGGAAGCAGCAGAUCUUGGCAGGAUAUAUAAGAUUCGUAUUCGGCAUGACAACUCAGGAUUUAGCCCAGCAUGGUACCUCGACCAUGUGGAGAUUGUAGACAGCUCGGAUAAUGACACUUACAUGUUCCAUUGUGAAAGAUGGCUGGCCAAGAACAAAGAUGACAUGAAAAUUGAGAGAUCUUUCUAUGUGAAGGGUUAUGAUGGAGAGAUGUCAAGUACAGGAACUCUUCGAUCAACAAAAUAUGGCUCCAUAGCAAGUCUUGACUCACUACGCAGCACUGAUCCAUUCUCAAAGAGUCCAAAAUUGUCACGGAAACAACUGUCAAUGGAAGAUAUACCUGAAGGACCAACUAUACCAUACACUGUGAGGGUUUCUACGGGAGACGGGGAGGACAAUGGUACAUCAAGUAAUGUAUGGAUCAUGAUACUUGGUCCAAGAAAGAAAUCAACAGGACGUCUUUUCCUCGAACUUGCACAGAAAAACACAUUUGCUCGUGGCUCAACAGAAAUUUUCUCCAUUGAGGCGGUGGACAUUGAUGAAGUCAAGAAAAUUGAGGUUGGACACGACGGUACAGCACCAGGUACUGGGUGGUUUGUGAAGCAGGUUGAGGUAGAUAUGCCAACUAAAGGCAAACAUUACACGUUUGCAUGUAGACAGUGGUUAGCACGGGACAAGGGUGAUGGCAAGACAAGUAGAAUAUUCAGCGUAGAUGAUGGAAUCAGCUCUAUGUCCUCAUACAAACCAAUGAUUCCCUAUGAGAUGACAGUGUACACAGGAGAUGUGGAAGAAGCAGGAACUGAUCAGAAAAUUACAAUGACUGUGUUUGGUGAAAAGGGUACAACUACACCACAGGUGCUUGAAAAUGCUGGUGACAGGUUCGAGCGAGACCGGGCUGACUUCAUAAAGCUUGAGCUUGAAGAUGUGGCUCCUGUCAAGAAAAUGAGAAUUGAAUGUGACGGCAAAGGCAGUCGACCAGACUGGUACUUGGAAAAGAUUGAGUUACGCAACAUGUCUACUGGUGUAUUGUCAGUGUUUGACUGUAAGGGUUGGCUCAGUAAAGCUAAGGGAGUGCUGUCUAGAGAUAUGCCAGCUAGAGAAGGCAGAAAGAUCAUGGUUGACAAAACAAACUAUAAGAUAAAUGUGAAGACGUCAAAUGUGAAAGGUGCAGGAACUGAUGCUAAUGUUUAUGUCACGCUAUUUGGAGACAACGGAGAUUCCGGGCCUCUUCAUUUAAAGAAAUCUGAGACAUUUAAAGAUCCAUUUGAGAAUGACCAGAUGGAUGUGUUUUUAUUCAAUGAUAUUCUAAGUCUCGGUGAACUAUCCAAGUGUCGAGUCUGGCAUGAUAAUAAAGGUUCCAUACCAGGAUUUGGAGCAGCCUGGCACCUGGCUUACAUAGAGGUUGAAGACAUAGGAACCAGGAAAUCAUACACAUUCCAUUGUAACAAAUGGUUGUCCAAGUCCGAAGAUGAUAAACAAAUACUGCGAGAACUUACAUGCAGCACAGCAGCAAAGGGCGGAACUCCCGACAUGAAAGAUAAAUCUAGUUAUGAGAUAGAGGUGAAGACAUCUGAUAAGAAAGAAGGGGGUACAAUACAUAAUGGCUGGAUUAUACUGGAAGGGAAGAAGCGGACUUCUAAAAUUUUCAGACUAGAAAAUAGUGCCACAAAUAAAAUAUUACGCAAGGGUAAUGUUGAUCACUUCACAUUCCCAUCUGCCCCACUGGGAGAGUUAGAGAGAUGCAUUGUGGGAGCAUUUGAACGUGAAGAUCGUCCUCUAGGUGAUGCUGAAGGCAGAGAAGCAGAAUGGCAUUGCUUUGAGAUCAGUGUAACUGAUGCUGCAAAAGGCAAAAAGUAUAUAUUCCCAUGUAAAGAAUGGAUACAAAUCAAGGAGAGGAUAAAUAAGAGAUAUGGCAAGUCUCUUGAUGUGAAGAAAGUCGAAGAAAGUCAGACCUCUAUAGUUAGAACACUGGCAAGUAUCAAGUAUGAGAUAAUAGUGUACACAGGUGACAAGUUUGGUGCAGGUACAAAUGCCAACGUUUAUGUAACAUUGUAUGGUGAGCACGGAGAUACAGGAAAACGUGCCCUCACACAGUCCAUGAGAGAUCUGUUUGAACGCAAACAAGUGGACAAGUUCACUAUAGAAGCCGUUGAUCUAGGAAAAUUGACCAAGAUACAUGUGGAACAUGACAAUAGUGGAUGGAGACCAAAAUGGUACUUGGAUCGUAUUGAGGUGUUAAAUACAGUCAAUAAUGACUUGACAGUUUUCCCAUGUGAACAAUGGCUGGAUAAAGAUGGCGGGGACUGCCAGAUUGAGCGAGAUCUCUAUCCAAAAGACUAAACUCUGGCUCGAUGGCUGUGCUAUAUAGACUGGAUCACAGAAAUUUUAAUCAUCUCCAUUUUUUCUUGUGCAACACUUUACACAUAUUAUAGAGAACACCAGUAACUAAAUCAAGAUAAACAGAUUUUCUAUGACACCUAACAGAUACAUUUUGUUGUACAUAGUUUUUUUUGUAAAUAUUGUAGCAUAUUUGUGUUUAUAAGUGCUGGUAAAUAGACAGUUUCAUAAAAAUCUUGUCAAAACCAUGAGGAGAUACACUUUUAAUUUUAUAUUUAAUGUCCUAGUUUUUUUUAUCUAUUUACAGUUUACAUAUUUGUAUAAUUAUGAAAUGCAUUUUGCUGAGCUUUUAUCAUUUUAUUCUAUGUGAUGUUUUUCUCCCACCAACUGGACCAUUGGCAGCUUUUAUUGUCUUCUAUUAAAGCUAUAAUUAUUUGCAAAAUGACUUUUUAGUUCUACCCUUUUUAAAAUUUUCUCACUUAACACUAUGUUGGAUGUAGUCAGAACCUGUAAAUGUAUAUAAACGUUAAGUAGGUACCAGGUUUAACUUUUAACCCUUAUCAUGCUGGACACGAUUGAUUCUGCCUUUGCGACCAGUGCAGAUCAUGAUCAGCCUGCACAUCCAUGCAGUCUGAUCAAGAUCUGCACUGUUCACUAUUCAAUCGGUACGUUUUUGGUAAUCACCCCUUUUAACAGUUAAUGGUACUGUCCAAAUUGAAAGCUGGACAAGUUCAUUAUAGAAAUGGAGCAGGGUAAGGGGUUGCUGUUGAAGAUCAUCUUCAAGUUAAAUAUGUCCAAUCAUUCUGCUAACCUGUGAAUGAAAACAAGGUUUGUUGAGUAAGUAGUACCCACAUUAUUUAAUCCUGCAUUUCCAAUAACUAUACAUGUGCUCACAUUGAUAUUGCCUUAUCAUUUUAACAUUGUUUAUGCUCAUAUGUUUUUCUUUUUGGAAACUUGUGAUAUUGUCAGAAUUCAGUGAACUCUGAUAAAGGAAAUAUGUUAACAUGAUUUUGACACAUAGGAAAGAUAAACCAACAAAAGAAUAAGAUAAAGGUUCUAUAUUUUGUGUGAACAAUUAUUUCGUAAAUCUCUAUCUACAUUGUAGCUCCGAGUUUCCCUGAAUACAGAAUAGUUGCCUGCUAAUAGUUUGAAGUUAGGGUCGCUGAUUUUACUUAAUAAUAAGGUUUUCAGAUACGGUGCCAAAUUCAAAUUGUUUGCCAUAACUUCAACAUGAUUUUCUUACAUUGGCAGCAGAAAUUGACAUUGUUUCUUUGUUUUGUUUAUUAUAGAUGGUCAAACUAGCUGUGAUAUUUGUAUAGAUGUACAUUCAUGUAUUUUAUUUAUUUAACUCAUUUUAUAAAUAAAAAAACUAUCAUUAUAUUCUUUUUUAAACAGUUCAUCCCUAUCACCUUAAUAACUUACUUCUAAUUGUAUUUUGUAUUUAUGUCAUUUACAGUUACACUAUUUGUACAUAAUGUAAUUAUUUUUUUGUGAACUCGUGUAUAGUCUCGUAUGAAGUCCAAUAAAACUGUAUUUUAGGCAGAUUUGCUGGAAUUAUUUUAACACAGAACCUUCUUACGGACAGAUUUAUACAUAAUGUAUUUUAUCAAAUGUUCGAUACAUUCCUACAUAUAUGGCCAACUUCUACAUUUGUACCGACAUGCAUGUUAAUACCUGUAGUCUAGUCUUUUAUACUUACAUUCCAUUGUAUCGUUGUAUACAUACACAUCUGUGAUAGACAAUAUAAUCCCACCAGACAACCAUUCUUAUAGUUAAUGAAAUAUGUUAACUGGUCAAAUGACACAAACUUUAUUUUUUUGUAAUGACAGAAAUAUUGUAGAUAUGGUGUUGAACUUCUUGAAGAAGAAACAGCAGAGGAGGGUGGAGUGGGGGGUAUUUCUUUCACUGAAUAUUGGGUUUCUUUUAGCCGUGAUGGAACUAUCCGUAAUACACAGAAGAAAGUCUUUUUUCAUGAGAGUAUAAUAUAAUUUAGGACAAUCUAAUAAAUUGCAUGUGUGAUAAAAAUGAACAAUCCCUGUCCAGUUCAGUUUAAACAAGUCUUGUACUGUGCAGAUGAAACCAGUUUCUUUUGAUGUAAAUAUUUGUACUUUUUCUUAUUUUAUUUCAAUGUACCCAUUAUACCAACGGUGUUUGAAACUUGCAGAUUUAUCUUUCUGAGCGAUUAACCACAGAAAAUAUAAUUUCCAUAAUACAACUCAAGAACACCCCUUUUAACACUAUUGUCAUUUACAAUAUGUCAAACAUUUUUACAGAUAUUUACUGUAGAUAUGUAGGUUCAUUAGUUAUAUUUUGUUCACUUGUUUAUAUGUCCCAUCCAUUAUUAAAAACAAUCAUACAUUUAAAUCUAUCAUUAAUUUCGAAUCAACAGUGUAUAUUUGUGAUACAAAAUGUAUUUGUCCAGUCCCGCGCUGCAUUUUGCUGGCUGUACUGUUGUACUUAAUUAUAUUAUUUAUAAACCAUUUUAGUUACACCUGGAUUUUAGGGAAAAUUGUACUUUGAUAUUUGUUUCAUAUUCUUAUUCUUGUUAGCAAAUUCUGUAUCUGUUGAAAAACUAGAAAUAAAGUCUUUAAAUUCAA